AUGCAGUUCUGGAGCCGUCCUACAGUAACACUGCCGAUUGAGUACAAUGAACAAGGUGUAGUUGACAACCUUACUGAAAAUAAUGUGAGAAGGAUGUGGGCUAGCAGAAGGAUAGGGGAGGAUGAACUAUACUUAGUGCAUGUUCAGGACAUUGUUGGUAUUGGUCUCCCGACUACACUAGUCGUCAAGAAAUUCCAGAACAUGAACCCAAUGCUAUUAGUAGAUGACAAUGUCAAGAACCGUUGCAAGUCUGAGAUGAUCCUGUUAGCUAGCAUCUGUCACGACAACAUCAUCAAAAUCCUAGAUGUUAUUGAGAGGGAGGAAGCAAUCAUGCUCGUCUACAAGUACGAGGUGAAUGGAAGCCUUGACUACUUGUUGCACCAGGCAAAGGAUGCUGGUGGGCUGCUAAGCUGGCCAGAGAGGAGAUCCAUUGCCAUCGGCGUGGCCAAAGGUCUCUGCCACUUGCACUAUGGAUGCAAUAAGCCAAUUGUCCACCACAACAUCAACUCUAGCAACAUCUUGCUUGAUCGGGAGUUGAAUCCCAAGAUCGCCAGUUUUGGUGCUGCGCAGAUGAAUAUGGCCGGGUUCAACCAACCGUUGCCAAUCACGGACCUGCCUCCUGGUAAAUUUGGGUAUGCGGCUCCAGAAUAUGGGGUUGCAACAAGCCAACUGACGGAGAAGGUAGACACUUAUAGCUUCGGUGUAGUGCUGCUGGAGCUCGUGACUGGGCAGGUGGCCACUAGAGCUGGAGCGGAUGGCCAGUUAGCAAUUUGGGUGCGAGACAAUUGCGAUGAGCUUAUGGCAAACAACAUGGAACAGUUUAAGGUCGUCGUCGACAAGGGCAUCCCAGAUCAAUCGCGAUACAUGGAGGAGAUGGCCACCGUAUUUAGGUUGGGCAUGGAUUGCACCGUCGAAGAUCCACAACAAAGGCCAUCCAUGCAGAUGGCUCUCAAACGAUUGCGUCGUGGUCGUGGGCAUGGUCGAUUUGGUGGUCUUCUCACAUGCUAUAGCUUAUAA